AGUUUCUCUCAGCUCAGUGUAGAGGAAUACCAGAAGCUGAAUAAGGCUGCUUUAUGUAUGCUUGCACGAUCGGCCGGGCUUGCGGCUGAUCUGAGUUGACGUUGAUGCUACGAAGGAUAUGCUCUUGAUGCCUACCUGAUCGAGAUUUGUCAGCACGCUCAUAAACGUCCAGCAGAAGCAGUAUUCCAAGACUGACGAUACCAACCCGCUCACAUUUACCCCAUGAGCCUGGAUUGCACUCCUCAACUUCCAUCCGCCAUGUUUCAAUUCAGUGCAGUCGAGCCUCACAAUGAGGUACAUAUCGAUCGCCGCAGGACAGCCUCCAGCGGCAAAGAUCACAGGCGCCAGAUAACCAGGAACCGCAUCAGCUACAGUUGCGUUACAUGCCGCAGAAGGAAGGUCAAAUGCGACAAGGCCCAUCCAAUAUGUGGAGGGUGCAAGAAAGCAAAUGAACAUUGCUUGUACGGCGAAGAUACCAAAUCCAUGGAUCCAGUUCCCGGACCACCGAACGACGAGAUAACAGACGGGUCGAAGAAGCGCAAGUCAAGCUUGGUGAGACAAGUAGCGACCGCAGCACCAGUCUCAGGCACUGCACAGGACAGCUCGGUCCCAGCACCUCCCCAGCUCAAGGCUAUCGAGAAGCAACUGCUCCGCUUGACCUCAAUGGUCGAUGCUCUUCGACAAUCAGGCGGCAAUGAUUUAGGUCUCCGGACUCUGCUCACUCCGGUCCCUUCUAACUCGGACCAUGGUUCUGAUGAGAUUGUCCCCCGGUCGGACUUGAGUCUAAACAUGUUCCAAUCUAGAAACUCGGGCUCGCCACGGGAUGUGAACGAACUAAAUAGACCUCUAUCUGGCCUGAAACUAAGUGACGGCCAUAGCAAGAAUCCAGAAGAUCCCUUUUGGAUGCAUAUAUCAGAUGAGCUGGACCAGCUUAAUCAUAUGAUGAGGCGACAUAACGAUCUCAAUGUCAACACCACAAGCAGCCAGAGAAAGACCCCAGACAGCCCGGAAGUCUGGACACGUGCAGCCAGGGCUGAUCCAACUCUGGGCAAGGACGACUUUUGGGAGCCGAUCAGUUUUCAGAAGGAGGCCGCUCCUGACGGUCUCGCAACCUACGACCCUGAUAGCGAUUGCUCAGUUUGUCGAAAAGUCCCCUUUGCUAAGUCGAGUCUCCUCCAAACUCUUCCGGUAAGAUGCUCGCAUGCGGCUGCUUGGCACCACCUUUUAGAAGCAUUUCCCACGAGGGCUCAAAGCAAUGUGCUCUUGAGAUGUUGGUUGUCGAGCACUUAUCCGAUCUUACCCAUCUUCAUUCCAAGCGAGGUUUUGGCGAAACAUGAGAGGCUGUGGGAUCGGAUCGAAACUAGUGGAAUCUCACAGUUAAAGACGCAAUAUCCAGACCUGGAACUGUACGCUUUGAUCUAUGCAGUAUGGUAUGCCGGAGUGCUCAGUUUAUCCAGCAAAGGCCUUCAACGAUGGUUUCCAGGAACAACGCGUGCCCAACUCGCGUCCCAAUACCAUGAGCAUGUGGUGUUCUCGCUGCAUAUGGGAUCUUUUAUGCGGAAUGCAACUCUACAAAAGCUGGCAACCCUCAUUCUGCUGCAAUCAUUGCCGGUGGCAGAGGAGGACCCUAUCCAGGGCAGCCUCUAUAUGCAACUCAACGUUCGAUUGGCUCUGAUGAUGGGCCUACACCGAGAGCCGACGCUUUUUGACCUUCCUGUGUCUGAAGAAGGCACGCGCCGCCGACUUUGGUGGCAGCUGGUGCAACUAGACACAUCUCUUGUCAUAGCAAGCGGCUACCCUUCCUUGAUCUCAGAGUCCUUUUCUGAUACGAGAAUCAACUGUGAGGACAACGAUGCAUUUGUCGCUGACAAUGAAGAACUAGGCCCUCAUCGGAAAAAGAAUCCAAAGCCAUUUACGUGGGGUGAGGCACAUUCGACCGGAGAGGAUGGAAACUCAACGCUACAUCGAACGAUGGGCCUUGUUGCAAGAGCCAGAUCAAUUACAGCUUGUGCCUUACGUACUAUCGUAGCCGUCCACCUGGGUACGAAGACCAUUACCAAUGCUGAUAUGCAAGAAAUGAAGAGAGUCAUGAGUGAUGCUGGUGGCCAGAUUGAUGAGAUCAUUACACAAAUCCCAGCCAAAGGCUUGCCUGAGCUAGCUUUCGUCCCUGACGGUCCUAGAGGGGGCCAACAAUAUAGUCUUGACUGUGAUUCAGUCAUGAGCAGUCCAGUCACAGACAAGGACGUUGCAUAUUACAAGACUUAUGUCAGUGACGAGGAUCUCGCAUCGCCCCUUGCGCGUUAUCAUCGACAGAAACUGGCAGCGUUCAACAAAUGGGCUCGAAUUACACUCUCAAUGUUAAAGGACAAAAUUCAGUGCGUGGCAUAUGCACCCUUUCUGAAGAACGCGAAGAGCAAAUUAUGGAGCGCCGGAAGGCAGUGCGCUCUGCACAAUUGUCACAGCUUCCUACGAAAAUUCAUAUCCUUGGCUCAGGAUUCCGAUCUCGAGACAUUCCGAUGGACAUGGCCUGCCAUGCACGGGCCGAUGCAUGCCGCCUUGAUUGUGCUGGUCGACCUUUACGAGAGACCUGAUAGUGUUGAAGCCCCUCGUUCGAGGGAGCUGGUGGACACGGUUUUCUCUUUGUCUGACUCCCAGGCAGGCAUCGUUGGCGGUCCAAAUGGUGUCACCGCUCAGAGACCUUUGCGGGAAGGCGGCGUGGAACCUUGGGAUAUGCUGCGAGGACUCAGAUCCGCCGCCUGGCAGAGAGCAGGUCUCGACCCCAAUGUACUUUGGACUGAGACGGAUCAGCUUGAGGUCGGCAUUGCAACUCCUUUGACUGACGCCCAAAAGGUAGCGCAGAGUCUGAGAGAGGAUACUGUCUACGAGCAUGGGCAGACUCAUCCUCAUCCCAGUAUCACCUCUUCGACAACAACUUCGCACCACCCGGAAAACCAAUCGUCCGAGAAGGGCGUGCGGUACAUGGUCAAGCUGGCGCAGGCUGAAAUAAUCGGCGGCGGCGGCGACCAAAAUCAAGAACCAGAAGGAUUUCCCUGCUCGAGGGCAAUGCGGAACCGGUUUUUGGAAGGCAUUGAAAAUGGGGAGCGGUCGACCCAUGGUCGAGGACUGGCUCGGCGAGAAGGCCAACAACGCAUGCCCUUCCCAUUGAGCGGCUGCAUGGAACAAUGUUCCAGAGAAGCAGCCAACGGCAAUCUCCCUCAUUAUGUCUCAGAGGACGGAAGGCCGGCGAUUAGACCCAUGGCCGCGGAGACUUCGUUCUGCCCGAGUCGGCUUGGGAGGUCCAGUGCAGCGGCAGCGGCAGCGGCAGCAGCAAGCGACGGAGCGCGACACGAUCAAGCAACGGCGACAGCUCAGCACAAUGGACAUGCCACGAGUAAUGGCUACGGCCGAGCGGCCCCAGACGAGGUACAAAGUGUAGAAAAUCACUACACUAACCAGUUGAAUGGGCAUGAGACCAAUGGAGUCCUGGUUCAAAAUGGCUUCAACGAUCACAUCCUUGAGCCGUCGUCGGAUCUUCACGGUGACUCCAAUGCACCAUUGCAGGACGAUGGAUUCCCGACGAUGGCGGCGGCCACAGAUAUCGGGUUCGACUGGGCGCGUUGGGACUCUGUGUUCGGGCAGUAUACGGGUUUCACUGACAUGAUGGAAGGCGUUACAUGGUCGUGGGAGGACUACGCUGAGGAGUGAACUCCUCAUUCUUGGACAAUCAAGUCGGACGCAACAUGUCCAAUCGAGGUCACAUCGAAGACACCUAUGCUGUGGGAGUUCUAUCAGCAGGAGACAUGCAUCGUUUCGAACGGGUUUUGACCUUUGACUGCGUUGGUUUCGCUAUGAGUCUCUAAAGCAAUACACUGCCACUCAUUGUGUGGAAUUUGCAUACGUAGCUGAGCACUCUUCAAGCCCGUACACAUGAAAACAUUCGCUACUCU